AUGCCCUCUUUGAGAUCGAGUCAGGGCUAUACCAGUCAUGUGCCACGGAAUGAUUCAAGUAUACGCAAGAAGCGGAACUCAAGAAUAUCAAUACACCCAACCCUGAAUGAGAGGGAAACCGGGCGCAUUUCACCACCACACGACCAGCCUGUACCAAGAUCCCAUCAAAAGACCAAGUCGGCACGAUCAGCUGCCAACAUCGCGCCACCUGAGAUUCUGCUAGACAUCUUCUCCAUGCUGGCACCCCGGGACUUUGACAAUGCCCGACGGACAUGCUCGCAAUGGAUGCGAGUCAGCCUCAAUGACAAGCUCCUCGAAGCUAUGCUAAGAACAGCAGGGUGGUGGGAUGCAUGGUUACAAGACCGUCGAAAGAAGUGUAACUCGACUCGCUCAGAUGAGAGUGAAGCCUGGAGAAUGAGCCGUCGGUUUUCAACAGAGUGUCUUCUCUCCGGGCGGAGAUUCAAUGUCGAGAAACCAGGUUUCCUGUCAACUGCAACUGUUGACUUUUCAGGCCUUUCGCAUAAUGUACCGCGCAAGAUUCGAGGCAGUCGGCUCCAACCCGUGCUUAAACAGAACAAGGCUCUUUCGACAUUCAGUAUUAGCAAUUGCAGCAAUUAUCUACUUGUCACCAACGGCUGCAUGAUCUAUGUUUAUCAUCUUUUGGGUCGCAGAUCUCAGUCAGCAUCUCCAACCGACAGGUCUGAGGUUGAAUUGGUCCCCGUUUCACGAAUACCAUGUCCAUUCGAGGUCCUAUCAGCUGUCAUUGACACUAGUACAUCUCGCUUUACUGUUGCCGCUCUGUUGAACAAUCGAGUUGGCAUGAUCUGUGACUUGGAUAUGACUUUCUCCAACGAAUCAAGCAUGACGACUCCUGCCAACGACACUUCAGCUUUACAAGAUGCAGAGGAGCAUCCAACAUCACAACUCCCCCGAAUGCCAACAGCAGACCCAACAUCCCGACACUUCUUCUACAACGUCUGCACACCCGACGCCCCUCCACGAACGAUAGCCCUAUGUCCAGGCCGACGUCUCGUGGGCUUCGGCUGCGCAGCCGGCAUAGAAAUCCACAGCAUGAACGAACCAAGAAGAAACGAACAAAGAAAGCACUUCCCAAUGCCCCAACCCUCAGAAAUCCUCCACUUCCUCCCAAGCUCCCCAGAAGCCCCCAAUGAACUCCGUCUCAUCUCUUCCCUAGCCGGACCAGGCUUCCACGAAUGCAAAUGUCCCCCUUCACCAACACCCUCCCUUCAAUCCCCAACCCCCCAAGCAAAGAAUCAAUUCCACUUCCUAGCCGACGUCCAAUCCUUCAGCCGUCGCCGAAUCCCCCACACUCCAUCCAGAAGCUUCGUGCGCGCAACACACUGCCACCACUACGGCGCAGUCCCCAUAAACGACGGCUACCACAUAAUGUUCAUCGAGCCCCGAACAGGGCUCCUCUGCAUCGGCUCCUCAAGUCCAAUCGGCGGCCCAACAAGCCUCACUCGCGCUUUAAUCUGCAUACCCCCAUUCGCAAACCCAAAUUCAGCAAAAGAGCCGCCCAUCCCCACGACUUUCGUCGCAGGCUCUGAUCUAAGCUGGGGUCUGCGUGUUGUUGCCGCAUACGGGAACCGUAUCGUGCUCUAUUCUAUUCCGCUGGAUGUAUACAACGUCAUCUGCAAGGAGCGCGAGCGCCAAGGCGACGGCGUUAUGGGAGACAGUGAUCUGGCAAAGAAUUGGCACGUUGAUGCAGACCGGUCCCCGAAACGGUGGGAAAGUCUUGUUCAGAAUCAGAAUGGGGAUGGGGAGUUUUUGCUGAGUGUUUCCUAUGGGCCGACUGCUAUGAUGUGGCCUUUUAAGAUUUAUGGGAAGGAGAUUGGUAUUGUUGAUGGGCUUGUUGAGCUGUCUGUGCAAUCUUCUGAGGGGGUUGUGCGAGUCUGGGCUUUUGGAGGAGAUGGGCGGGCUACGGUCUUGGAUGUCGAUACGUUUACAUCUACGUCUUCUGGGCCUGGUUCCGUUCCUAUUUCUGCUUUGAAAAUUGGGGCUGAUGGCGGUGUUGAGAGUUUGGAAUUGGUUGAGAGGGCUGGACUUGGGCCUUCGCGGAAGAGGAAGGCUGAGGUUUUAGGGGAUGACUUUGCCGGUCGAUAUGGUACUGCUCGUCAUCCGGCCAGUGUUGAUGGGCUGGGCUUGGUGAAGCCUUGUGCUGCUGGUGUACAUGGUGUACAGCAGGAUCCAACCGUUCGUCGUACUUCUUUUGCGGCGUGUAUAUUGGACUUCAAGAUUCCUGAGUUAGGGAUCUAG